AUGAGUAUUGGGUCUAAAGAAACUGAAGUUUAUGUGAAGAUUAAGAAACCAAAUAGUAAUACUAUGGAAAGAUUUAAAGUUAUUGCUGGAGGUGGAGGAUGGGGAGCUAAAGCAGAUAUAAUUGCCUUAUCUCCAGAGGCUAAGUUAGAGAAUGGAAGUGAAAUUCAAUUUUAUAUGGUUACUCCAGAGGAUAGAUAUUUGAAUCGUCAUGACGAUGGAAAUGUUGAUAAAUAUGUCAAUUCAUUUACAUUUACAAAUUCUUAUGAACAAACAGGAUAUGAAGAUCAUCAAUCCGAAGAACAGAAAGUUUAUGAGAAUGUCUUUGGCUGUGGAAGUGAACAUGGAUUCUUUUUCAAUGGCAUUAAACACAAUUCCCCUGGUGAAUCAAUCACUUUGAAGUUAGGUGGAAGUAAGGAGAAAAAAAUCUAG